ACGCGGCGGUCCGUCUUCGGUUCUCCAUGUUGAACGCCAACUGGCGCAUUUAAGAUUUUCCGUUAGUUUUCAACUUAGAAACAUCACUAGCCAUGGCAGCAGCACCGGCAACUGGUAGAAAGCGAAUCUUAAAAGAGGAAGACAUGACCAAAAUCGAGUUUGAGACCAGCGAGGAGGUUGAUGUUACCCCUACAUUUGAUACGAUGGGCCUGCGAGAGGACUUACUCCGUGGGAUCUAUGCUUACGGUUUUGAGAAACCGUCAGCCAUUCAACAAAGAGCUAUUAAGCAAAUUAUAAAAGGGAGAGAUGUCAUCGCGCAGUCACAAUCUGGUACUGGUAAAACGGCUACCUUUUGUAUCUCAGUACUGCAGUGUCUGGACAUACAGGUGCGAGAGACCCAAGCUCUGAUAUUGGCUCCAACCAGAGAGUUAGCUGGGCAAAUACAGAAGGUGCUUCUGGCUUUGGGUGACUACAUGAACGUGCAGUGCCAUGCCUGCAUCGGAGGCACAAAUGUGGGCGAAGACAUCAGGAAAUUGGACUAUGGACAGCAUGUGGUGGCUGGGACUCCAGGCAGAGUUUUUGAUAUGAUCCGCAGAAGGAGUCUUAGGACACGUGCUAUUAAGAUGCUGGUUCUAGAUGAAGCUGAUGAAAUGCUCAACAAAGGCUUUAAGGAGCAAAUCUAUGAUGUGUAUCGGUACCUGCCUCCUGCCACUCAGGUGUGUCUGAUCAGUGCCACACUGCCUCAUGAGAUCCUGGAGAUGACCAACAAGUUCAUGACAGACCCCAUCCGCAUCCUGGUCAAGCGUGAUGAGUUGACUCUUGAGGGUAUUAAGCAGUUCUUUGUUGCCGUGGAGAGAGAGGAGUGGAAGUUUGACACCUUGUGUGAUCUCUAUGAUACUCUUACUAUCACACAAGCAGUCAUUUUCUGCAACACCAAAAGGAAGGUGGACUGGUUAACAGAGAAGAUGAGAGAGGCAAAUUUUACAGUGUCCUCUAUGCACGGAGACAUGCCACAGAAAGAGAGAGAGUCCAUCAUGAAAGAGUUCAGAUCUGGAGCUAGCCGAGUGCUCAUCUCUACAGACGUUUGGGCCAGGGGUCUGGAUGUGCCCCAGGUCUCCCUGAUCAUUAACUAUGACCUGCCAAACAACAGAGAGUUGUACAUCCACAGAAUCGGACGAUCUGGUCGUUAUGGACGCAAGGGUGUAGCCAUUAACUUUGUGAAGAACGAUGACAUUCGUAUCCUUCGUGACAUUGAGCAGUACUACUCAACACAGAUUGAUGAAAUGCCAAUGAACGUGGCUGACUUGAUUUGAAGCAGAAGAGAGAUGAGUGACGGAAUGAAUACUUUUGUCAUCUGGACCUUGUUUUACUUACCUUUCCUUCAAGAAUUCCUCUUUAAUUUACCCUGUCUUUUUACAUAGGUUAGGGUUAACAACCCAACAUGUUGAUUAUUGUACUCAAAAGUAAGAUUUACUGUGAGGUUGCUUGUUUUGUAAAUAAAGAAGC